AUGUCGGCUCGAGCGAUGCGAACGAUGGAGGUGUCGAGCGGGCAUUGGGUUCAGAUUCGCUCGUACGGCGCGUUCGGUGGUUCCGCGAGCCAAGCUGGCCGGCGGCUGAGCGGUAAGGGUAAGGGACGUAAGGGUCAAGGCGGACGCGUGAUGAAUGUCGCGAACGUUAAUGAUGAUGACGAUGGAUACGAGGUGCGAAUCGUGGAGGACAGUGACGUCAUGACGACGGUGGCGUCGACGGCGAAAUCGAACGCGCGGCAAAAUUUGACGCUGGACAUCGACGAGGAGGACGGCGCGAGUGACGACGACAAUGACGUGCGCGUCGGGGCUCGGGUGGUUUUAGCGCGCGCAUGGCCGUCGGCUACGCUCGGUGACGACGCGGUGUCGCUGUCAAAGAAGGUUUGGUUAUCUCUAGGAGCCCCGCCGGGCGGCACGGCGCUCGGCGUCGAAAAGGCGGAUACACCGUUGGACGGUUUCGAUGGCGACGCGUGCUCUGUGUCGUUGAGACUGUGGACGAUGGAAACCGACGUCGGUGGUGAGGCUGCAGUGUGGCUCGAUCGUGGUUUGCGAGAUUGUGAGGGAAGAGGAGGGUCACGGCGACGCGCCAUGUUAGAGGGGCUCGCCAAGCGCGCAUUGGACGGGCGCGGAUUACUGGUCGGGAACCUCGUUCGAUUGCCCUUGCUCGGCACCAGCGCUCUGUUCGAAGUUACCAACAUCGUGCCAGAUUUAGCAGACCGUCGCGGAUUAGAGAUAACGUCUCGAACGCGCGUGGAAUUGCUCACUCGCCAAGCAAACUCGAGAACGCCAGAGUCGUCCAGCGGGGAGGGUUCCGAUUCAGAUGUCGAAGACAUCGCGAAGUCCGCGGUCAAGCGCGCGUCUCGUGCGGCGAUGUCAGACGACGCGUCGUUCGACGCGCUCGGCGGCGUUCGCGAUCAUGAGGCGGCGCUUCGCGAGCUCGUCGCAUUACCUCUGCAGAGUCCGGAGGUGUUCACGCGAUGCGGCGUGAAACCGCCGCGCGGAGUAUUAUUGCACGGUCCGCCCGGAUCGGGGAAGACUCGUCUCGCGCGCGCCGCCGCGCAUGCAUCGAAUGCGAAGCUGUUUGUCGUAAACGGGCCAGAGCUCGUAAGCGCGAACAUGGGACAGAGUGAGGAAGCGCUUCGAGGCGUAUUUCUCGCCGCCGUCAAAGCCGCGCCGAGCGUCGUGCUCUUGGACGAGCUCGACGCCAUCGCGCCCGCUCGUGACCAAUCCAACGGAACCGAUGGCAUGAUGUCAUCGCGCAUCGUCGCCACCAUGCUGUCAAUAUUUGACGGCGCUUCGGCAACCUUUCCCGAGCUCGAUCGCGUCGUCGUCAUCGCAACGACGAACAGGCCUGAGGCGGUCGAGCGCUCGCUUCGACGUCCGGGAAGAUUUGAUCGAGAGUUGGAGGUUGGCGUCCCGACACCGAGCGAUCGUUUAGAGAUCCUUCGAACGCACCUUCGAGGGAUCGACCACGAACUGGACGAGGGGUACGUCGAAGACUUGGCUCGGCGGGCGCACGGAUUCGUAGGCGCAGACAUCGCCGCGUUGUGUCAAACGGCGGCGAUGCGAGCAUUGACGCGCGUUAUCGAGAGCCCUGAGUCCAGCGAUGCGGAUAUUUCGAGUAUCGCUCGCGCGUUGCAGGACAUCACGCUGGUCACGAAUUCCGCUUCUCGCGCCAAAGUCACUGUCGAUGACUUUGAGGAUGCUCGAGUAAAAGUGAGACCGAGCGCGCUUCGCGAGGUCGCCAUUGAGAUUCCUAACGUGCGCUGGGACGACGUCGGUGGUCUUGAGGAGGUCAAAAACCGUUUGAAAGAGGCGGUGGAGUGGGCUGAAAAGCACCCGGAGGCGAUGAAGCGAGUCGGGGCGACGCCACCAAAGGGAAUAUUGCUCUACGGCCCACCAGGAUGCAGCAAAACUAUGCUUGCCAGAGCGGUUGCCAACGCCUCGGGACGCAAUUUCAUAUCUAUCAAGGGAUCUGAACUGUUCUCGAAAUGGGUCGGUGAUUCGGAAAAAGCCGUUCGGUCGGUCUUCGCGCGAGCGCGAUCGUCUCAACCAUGCGUCAUAUUCAUAGAUGAGGUUGAUGGUUUGGCGGGCACACGCGGCGGCGGAGAGCAGGGCGGCGCGCCCUCCGUGCAAGACCGCGUGAUCACGCAACUCUUGGGCGAGAUGGAUGGACUCGCCCCGACAGUAAAUGUCACUAUCGUGGCGGCGACAAAUCGCCCCGACCUCGUGGACAGCGCGCUCUUGCGUCCGGGUCGUUUCGACCGCUUGCUCUACGUGCCGCCUCCGAGCUCGAUCGAGGAUCGAUUAUCCAUCCUUCAGGUGCUGUUCAAGAACACUCCACUUGCUCAAGAUGUCGAUUUGAAGAUGAUAGCGGCGUCUACGCAGGGGUACACGGGUGCGGAUUUGUCCGCCAUCGUCCGCGAGGCGGCGCUCGCGGCGCUCGAGGAGAACAUCGAUAGCACGGAAGUCAACGCGAAGCACUUGGGCACAGGCAUGAUGCGAGUGCGACCAAGCCCUCCGGCGAGGCAGGAGCUAGUAGAUAUGUACGAAAAGUUUCAGCGCACAUAA